CGCAACCAACUUCCCUGUCAAUACUCCCUCCUCGUUUUUUCCUUAUCCCCCCACACACGCAGCGCACGGCGACGAAGCAGUCAGAACGCGGCGCCAGCGGCAGAAGAAGAUUGGAUUGGAUAGCAGAGGCGAGGGCGAGCCCUCACCGUCGUCACCGCCGACAGGCUCGAUGAGGAACCCGCCCGGCCGGCACCUCCUGCGCGUGGCCACCCGCGCCGUGCGCUCCUCGUCCGGGCUCGGCGGCUCCGGCUCCGGCGCCGGCGCCUCCACCUCCGCCACGUCCCCCGCGGCCGCCCCCUCCGGCGGCCGCCAGCGCGGCGGAGGCAUGCUCCUGCGGGCCACCUCGCCGCCCCCGCCCUCCGCCGUCUCUGCCGCCGCGAGCUGGGAAUCCCGCACCCUGCGCCGGGACGGGGAGGACGACUGGGAGGAGGUCGUCGCCGCGGCUCCGGGCGCCGGCGACGCCGAGGUGGACAGCGACUACAGGGUUGUGUUCUGGUCCCCGCCCACCGGGGACGAAGUCCGCGCCGCCUUCUCUAGUAUCCAGGAGGUGUUUGAGGGUUCUUAUUAUGAUGUGGAUUCAGAUGAAACUCAGAAACAAAUAGCAUUGUUGUCAAACUCAGAGGAUUCUUCAUCAAGCAAUUCAUCAGGAUCAGAUGAUUGGGUCGAACCUGCUGCAUAUGUUCUGAACUCAACUGCUCUUCUGACCAGGGAGCAUAGGAAUGUUUUGGAUGCCUUCCGUCUACUGCAAAGAGACCCUAAUGUUCAGAAAAUGGUUAUGUCCUUGUCAUGUGAUAGGACUGUAUGGGAUGCUGUAAUGAAUAACGAGGCAGUGCAAGAAUUCAGGAGAUCUUUCCAGGAUGGCAAAGAAGUUAAUAGAAAGGGAAACCCUUGUGGUCCUGCUGCAGUGCUUAAGUGGAUCCUUGCCAACACCCAGGCAAAAAUAACGGAAUUCUUCGAUAAUAUAUCGAAGAUUGUCAGCAUGCUCUUCCACCCUCAAAGCGAAGAAGAUAAACCCGACCUGUACAACGAUGCAGUGAAGGUGUCUUUCAUGCUCUCGGUGUUUGUCUUCAUCGUGGUGGCCGUUGCUCGUACCAAUUAUGAGCCGUGGGAUUUCGAAGUGCGGUGAAUGCAAGAUUUGUAGGACAUCACAGGCCUCAUGAUUUACACGCACACGAAACUUGUACAUUGAUUAUUACCGGGCUGUAAACAUUUGGUCAUGAAACUGUUGUAAGGUAUUGUUUGUUUUGUGUGUGUUUUUUAUUUAUGUAACUGAAAGUCAUUGGGUAUU